GGUGGACAAGAACGCUGACGGUCGCAUUACAGGAAAAGAAGUCAAAGAGAUUAUUGCAUUGAGUGCUUCAGCUAAUAAGCUAUCAAAAAUCCAAGACGAUGCUGAAGAAUAUGCUGCUCUAAUUAUGGAAGAGUUAGACCCAGAUAAUCUUGGAUAUAUCGAGUUAUACAACUUGGAAAUGCUACUUCUGCAAGCUCCAAGCCAGGCGUCAGCGGCGAACAGGGUGACGGACAGCCGCGUGCUGAGCCAACUGCUGAGCCAGAAGCUGGUCCCGACCAAGGAAUACAACCCCGUAAAGCGCACCUACCGCUCCCUCCGCUACUUCGUGGAGGACAAUUGGAAGCGAAUCUGGGUCUUCUCCCUAUGGCUCGCCAUCUGCGCCGCUCUCUUCACCUGGAAAUUCAUCCAGUACCGCCACCGCGCCGUCUUUCAUGUCAUGGGCUACUGCGUCACCACGGCCAAAGGCGCCGCCGAGACGCUCAAGUUCAAUAUGGCCAUUAUUCUUCUCCCUGUUUGUAGGAAUACCAUCACUUGGCUCCGGAGUAAGACCCGGCUUGGCGCUGUUGUCCCUUUUGAUGACAAUGUCAACUUCCAUAAGGUAAUUGCUGUUGGCAUAGCCAUUGGGGUCCUUUUACAUGCUGGAGCACAUCUUACCUGUGACUUUCCAAAGCUACUCCACGCAACUGAUGCCGAAUACGAACCGAUGAAGCCGUUUUUCGGCAAAGAGCGGCCGAACAACUACUGGUGGUUCGUGAAGGGGACGGAAGGGUGGACUGGGGUGGUGAUGGUGGUGCUGAUGGCUAUAGCAUUCACCUUGGCUCAGCCAUGGUUCCGUCGCAACCGCCUAAACCUCCCGAAAACCAUAAAGAGACUCACAGGCUUCAAUGCCUUCUGGUACUCUCACCAUCUCUUUGUCAUUGUCUAUGUCCUCUUCAUCAUCCAUGGUUACUACCUCUUCCUCACCAAGGAAUGGUACAAAAAGACGACAUGGAUGUAUCUAGCUGUCCCAGUUCUGCUAUACGCGUGUGAAAGAUUGAUCCGUGCAUUCCGGUCGGGCUAUAAAACAGUGAGGAUCCUAAAGGUUGCUGUUUAUCCUGGAAAUGUUCUGGCGUUGCAAAUGUCAAAGCCUCAAGGAUUCAAAUACACGAGUGGGCAGUACAUUUAUGUGAACUGUUCUGCCAUCUCCCCCUUCCAAUGGCACCCAUUUUCAAUAACCUCUGCUCCUGGGGAUGAUUACUUGAGCAUUCACAUCCGUACUGUGGGAGACUGGACUUCUCAACUCAAGACCAUUUUCUCUAAGAUAUGUCAGCCUCCAUCUGUUAAUCAAAGUGGUCUUUUGAGGGCUGAUAUUGGCCAAAGCAACAACAAAAUCAGGUUGCCAAGGCUCUUAAUAGACGGACCAUAUGGAGCUCCAGCACAAGACUACAAAGAAUACGACGUUCUUCUUCUUGUGGGGCUGGGAAUCGGCGCAACUCCGCUGAUCAGCAUCGUCAAGGAUGUACUGAACAACAUAAAGGAGCAGAAAGACAUUGAAAAUGGCGUUGCCGAGAAGCAGCCAAAACCUUUUGUCACCAAGCGAGCUUACUUCUACUGGGUCACCAGAGAGCAGGGCUCAUUUGAAUGGUUUAGAGGUGUCAUGGACGAAGUUGCCGAGAACGACGGAGACAAAGUGAUCGAGCUGCACAACUACUGCACCAGCGUUUACGAAGAGGGCGAUGCUCGGUCUGCCCUCAUUACCAUGCUCCAAGAUCUCAACCAUGCCAAGAAUGGUGUCGAUAUCGUGUCCGGGACGAGGGUGAAGACGCAUUUUGCUAGACCCAACUGGCGUAAUGUUCUCAAGCAUGUUGCUGUUAAUCACCCUGAUCAACGAGUUGGGGUGUUUUACUGUGGAGCACAAGGACUUGUAGGAGAACUAAGGAGGUUGUCACAAGACUUUUCAAGGAGAACAACCACCAAAUUUGAUUUCCACAAGGAGAAUUUUUAGAUUAUAAUUUGAUUAAUUUUUUUAAAAUUUUGAUAUUUUUAAGAAAUUGUAAUAUAAAGUGUAAUCCCCUUGUUAUUGGGUAUAUACCUACCUUUAUAUGUUUGUUUGAUAGCUCUAUUCAAAAUUUUCAUGAUCCCAGUAUUAUAGGUAAAUGUACUGAAUAUUAAUACAGAUCUUGGUUGAAUAAGAUUUCAUAUUUAAUCCA